GAGAGAGAGAGUAGGUUGUAGGUGGAGUGAGUGGGAAACGUUUGAAACCAUCACAAAAAAGUGACCAAAGUUGAAGCUACCGGCAGCAAGGAACAGGGUCAUGGAGCCACAACAGAUCAGAGAGGGAUACUUGGUGAAAAAGGGCACAGUGCUAAACUCCUGGAAGGCAGUGUGGGUAGUGCUGUCAGAAGAUGGGGUGGAAUUCUAUAAGAAGAAAACCGAUCAGUCUCCGAAAGGAAUGAUCCCACUAAAGGGAGCCAAGCUCAUCAAUCCUUGCCAGGAUUUUGGCAAGAGGACACUGGUUUUCAAGAUUACAACAGACAAGAAGCAGGAUCACUUUUUCCAAGCCUCGCACGUGGAGGAGAGAGAGAUUUGGGUCAAGGACAUCAAGAGAGCCAUCACCUGCCUAGACGGGGGAAGAAAGUUUGCCAGGAAGUCCACAAGACGCUCCAUUCGGCUGCCUGAGACAGUCAACCUGGCUGAACUGUAUGCCCAGAUGAAAGACCAAGAUGACGGAGUAAAAGAGUUAAAACUGGAGCAGGAGAAUCGAGUCUUCAACCACUGCUUCACCGGUGCAACAGUGGUCGAGUGGUUGAUCUCAGUGGGGAAAGCCAGAAAUAGGCCUGAGGCCCUCAUGUUAGCAACAGGGCUCCUGAAUGAGGGUUUUAUCCAGCCUGCAGGUGACAUGUCGAAAGAAGGAGCUGAGAGUGCAGAGCAAACAGCCUUCUUAGAUCAUACAGUUGCACUUUAUUACUUUGCAGACAGUGGGUUUUUCUGUGAAGGCUACUCCAGUGAUGAAGAUGUGCUUGUGAAGGAAGAGUUCAGAGGAAACAUCAUAAAACAAGGCUGUUUACUGAAACAGGGACAUAAGAGAAAAAACUGGAAGGUACGAAAGUUCAUUCUGAGAGAUGACCCUGCUUAUAUGCAUUAUUAUGAUCCCACAAAGGGUGAUGACCCUCUGGGCUCGAUCCAUCUGCGUGGGUCUGUGGUUACAGCUGUGGAAUUUGUGCCUGACGCCAAAAAAUAUGACAUUGAUGGCAACCUCUUUGAGAUCAUCACCUCAGAUGAGAUUCACUACUUCUUCCAAGCUGCUACAGCUGAAGAAAGAAAGGACUGGAUCAAAGCGAUACAGGCAGUGUCAAAAAGUGGAAAAUAACAGGAGCAGUGGGGCUGCCACAGUUGAACCUAUUGAUUGUAAGAUACCACAUUUUAAAUGUUAUUCAUUAUAUUUAGCAGUGUGUCAACAGAGUAUUACUGAAAUAUGAUAUGUCAUUCUAGAGCAAACGUCAAUCAACAGAGAAAAAGGCUUAUAUUACACAGUACAUUUCUGCCGACAACAAAUACAUUACAUCUGUACAUUAUUUUGUAACACAUACACUGAAAUUUACAUUUCCCAGCAACACUGUGGUGAAGGUGUGGCUAAAUUUAGGCACAAAAACCAGUUGGCUAUGGUUAAGAAAAGGUUGUGUUUGGCUGAAAUAAUCUACAAUUCAUGGCAUAAAAGGAGCUGAAAAAGCAAGAAUGCGGUGAUGGAAAAUACCAAGGUUUGGAGCUACAAACACUGCUGGUAAAUGCAGUGAUGUGUUAAAGCUAUGCUCAAUAAAAAUUAUUCCGUGACGCAAA